UCAGUUUCGGUUGAAGAAAUCAACAUUGUCAGAUUGAGUUAACGUGUUUAGGUCUGCGAUUGUCAGAUUGAGUUAACGUGUUUAGGUUUUCAAGUACUCAAUACCUACAUCUCUGGAGAUCUCUCUCGUACUGACUCUACUCUGUACAUAGUUGCGCGCGUAGUCUUGCGAUCGGAAAGCGCGCAUCCCACUAGCGAAGUGAUACAGGUACCAAGUCCCCGCCAACGCUAACUGUGCGUGAAAGCGCAGGCAAUGCUGGUGUUGAGAGACUAUGUGUUCGAGUGGAACGCCGUGGAUGUCCUCGUUGAUGGCCGGCUCCAACGCGGCGUCGUGAUCAACGCGGCCGAUGGCGGUCUGGUUAUUGACUUUGAGUGCACCACACGGCGCUCGCAGUUCAUCGAGUACGGGCGCAUCUUCCAUUGCUUCUGCGACACCUACGACCUGUGGGUCACCAAACCGGGGCAGGGGGCGGGCGGUGCGGAGGUACUGCUGCGGUACCAUCCCACCGACUCCUGGACGUGGUAUCCCGCACGAGUUGCGUCUACGGAAUCCCGCGGCCAUGCCUACGACGCAGCGGAAUUCAUGGAGGUGCAGCUGCCACACGGCAGCGUGAUCGAGCUGGUCCCCUGCUUGCAAAUCCGCGAGGUGGCGACGGCGGAAUCACCGCGGCCGAGCGUAACGAAGGGCGACUUCGUCGUGCGUUGUUGCCCGCUGCCGGCCGUCUGCUGGUCCCAGGCUCCGCACUGGCUCGGGCAGAUCUUCCAGCAGGAAUUGAGUCGACAUCCAUCCACCUCGUUGUGCGCCGUGCUCAGCCAGGCAGUCCUCUAUCUGCAACAGCCAGAAAAUACUCCGCUAACGCCUGCAAAACUGGAGGAGCUGUACAACUGUGGCUGCGCUCGACCACUGCCACCGUCGCCUAUGCUGCGGCAAAGCGAGCCCAGCUCCAGCCCGCCCAGGAAGCAGCGGAAGGUGGGCGGGGAAUCUUUGCCCUUGCCCGCGGAGCUGCUGGUGGAGAUCUUCCAGGCGCUGGAUUCUAUCGAGCGGCUCCGCUGUCGUCGUGUGUGCCACAUGUGGAACAGCCUUCUCACCACGGCAUCGCGCUUUCCCGAUGUGCGCGUAUCGGGAAAAGAUGGGUACUACGGCGACGUGCAACUGGACGAUUGCGCCAAGUACUGGGUGCUGGCCUGUUUGCUGAAAUGCCUGAUGCCGGCCACCAAAAUGGCCGUGGUCAUGCAGGUGUGCGCCGAUGAUAGCCGCGACAUUGCCCAGCCGAUGAGAUACGUCUUCAGCACCGACCGCCUGCUGCCGACGCUAGUGUUCUAUGAUUGUGAUUUUGGCGAUGAGAAUUCGAGCGCCCAUAUUAUCAUGCACCACGCAGCAUAUGUAGCCUUGGAAUAUGCGUGCGGCAGAAUAGUGUGGAAGCAGUGCCGUAUCUUCUGCAGCAAACCGAUCACCAUCACGCAGCACGUCUUCAGCGUCUGCUCGCAGGAAGACAUGGAGAUGCAGCUGUUUGAUCUCUUUGAGCAGACCGUGGUUCGCGAUCGGUCGCCGCUUGACUUACCGACGCUGGCGGGAUGGAUCGCCAAGGCCGUCGCGCAUAAUCGCGAUUAUUAUGUUAGCAUCAUUUUAAAGACGCUGAACAGCUACCAGAGCGCCGAUCCCCGUCCCACCACGGGAGUGGACGGUGUCCCAUCUAGCCAAUUUGGAUUUGACGACGCUGACCCCACUGACGGCGGCAUUUUUGACGGAGGAGCUACGUCCCUACGUGGUUGUCCUUUACAAGUAGUACUUUGGUGUUACAUGCAUUCACUCCGCGAUUAACAAGUUGGGAAAUGCGAAAAUGUAUUUCGCGCUUAUAACUAACAUCUUGCGAAGCGGA